AUGAAACGAACUUCUACUCCAUCCGUCUAUGCCUACCCACUCCACUUCAACGAAAGCAUCAUCUCCGAGAUCGAAAACGAAAAACGAUUCUCCUUCACCGCCUUUUCCGAAAACGGCUCCGACUGGUCCAUCCUCUCGCUUUCGCAGAAAUCAACAACGUCAUCGAAGAGUGUUCUGCGAUCGUCUGCAAAGGGGCUCAAGAAGAAGAUCUACAAGAAGCUCCGGAUCAAGAAGCUGAGAGAAUCGAUGCGCAACAAGCUCUCCAAGACACAGAUCAACGAAAUCAUGGUACCUCCAAACAGCUCGUCCCUGAACACGAAAGUCUCUUCUCGAAUUCGAUCCGCCAAGGAACUCGACUGUUUGGACGACUACGACAUUGUCGCCUGGGAAGAAUCUCUCGAAGAAAAGGCGAAGUUCCGACUUACCAAUCCCUUCAAGCGACAGAAGAAGUAA